CUUCCAACCGUGGAAGCAAUGUCUAUCUCUUUGUUCAUCCCUUUACUUCACUGACAAUGAUUCAAUCCUCCUCCUCUAUAAAGACAAGCGAUAACACACUCUUUUCAACUCAUUAUUUCCUACUUUAUCUUUCACAACUCUCUUUCUCUGUCUCUCAGACAUAUAUAUACAUACUGCAGAUAGAUUGAAUGUUGUGAACAAAAAAAUGGGUUUAUCCAAGGCUUCAUGCUGUGUUGCUCAGCUCCAACUGUUCAUAGUGAUUUGCCUUUUCUUCCAAUGCUUUGCUGCUAAAAAACAUGCUGACCUGAACACAACUCUGACUGUAAAUGCUUCUGAUGCAUCUGGAAGGCUAAUACCGGAUACUCUUUUUGGAAUUUUCUUUGAGGAGAUCAAUCAUGCUGGAGCUGGGGGAUUGUGGGCUGAGCUUGUGAGCAACAGAGGAUUUGAAGCCGGGGGCCCAAACAUUCCUUCGAAUAUUGAUCCUUGGUCAAUUAUUGGGGAUGAAUCAUCUGUAAAUGUUUCAACUGAUCGUACUUCCUGCUUUGACCGUAAUAAGGUUGCACUUCGAUUGGAGGUGUUAUGUGACAGUAAAGGUGACAACGUAUGCCCAGCUGGUGGAGUUGGUGUUUAUAACCCUGGUUUCUGGGGCAUGAACAUUGAGGAAGGGAAGAAAUACAAAGUGGUCUUCUAUGUUCGUUCAACAGGUUCACUUAAUCUAACAGUUUCAUUGACUGGAUCAGAUGGUGUGGGAAACCUCGCUUCAACUGUAAUCACAGGUUCUGCAUCUGAUGUUUCAAACUGGACGAAGAUGGAGACUUUAUUGGAGGCCAAUGCAACAAAUCAUAACUCAAGACUUCAAUUAACAACAACCACAAAAGGUGUGAUAUGGUUGGACCAAGUGUCUGCUAUGCCCCUCGACACAUAUAAGGGACAUGGUUUCCGUAGUGAACUUGCUCAAAUGCUGGCAGAUUUGAAACCAAGAUUUAUCAGAUUUCCGGGUGGUUGUUUUGUUGAAGGAGAAUGGUUAAGAAAUGCAUUUCGGUGGAAAGAAAGCAUUGGACCAUGGGAGAAGAGACCUGGACACUUUGGUGAUGUUUGGAUGUACUGGACUGAUGAUGGACUUGGCUAUUUUGAGUUUCUCCAACUUGCAGAGGACUUGGGUGCAUUGCCAAUAUGGGUAUUUAAUAAUGGUGUCAGCCAUAAUGAUCAAGUUGAUACAUCCGUGGUCGCACCUUUUGUGCAAGAAGCCCUUGAUGGAAUUGAGUUUGCGAGAGGUGAUCCCACUUCGAAAUGGGGUUCCAUUAGAGCUGAUAUGGGACAUCCAGAGCCAUUUGACCUAAAAUAUGUUGCUGUUGGGAAUGAGGAUUGUGGAAAAAAGAACUAUCGAGGAAACUACCUGAAAUUCUAUAGUGCAAUAAAACAAGCUUAUCCAGAUAUCCAAAUUAUCUCAAAUUGUGAUGGUUCUUCUAAACCUUUAGAUCACCCGGCUGAUCUGUAUGAUUAUCAUAUUUAUACAGGUGCGAAUGACAUGUUUUCUAGAGCUAACGUGUUUGAUCAUACAUCACGUAUUGGUCCAAAGGCUUUUGUUAGUGAGUAUGCUGUGACCGGAAAAGAUGCUGGGACGGGAAGCCUUUUGGCUGCCCUAGGUGAAGCUGGGUUCCUUAUUGGACUAGAAAAGAACAGUGAUGUUGUCAAUAUGGUUAGCUAUGCUCCACUUUUUGUAAAUGUGAAUGAUAGAAGGUGGAACCCAGAUGCAAUUGUAUUCAACUCCUUUCAGCAUUAUGGAACUCCUAGCUAUUGGGUGCAGCAAUUUUUCUCUGAGUCAAGUGGAGCAACACUUCUUAAUACAUCACUUCAAACGACUUCCUCAAAUUCACUUAUUGCAUCAGCAAUUACUUGGCAAAGUUCUGUAGAUAAGAACAAUUACAUACGAAUAAAGGUUGUGAACUUUGGUAUCAACACUGUGAACCUCAAGAUUUCUUUUACAGGAUUGGACCCAAACUCAGCACAGUUAUCUGGGUCAACAAAGACUGUACUUACAUCUACAAAUGUAAUGGAUGAGAAUUCCUUCUCACAGCCAAAGAAGGUGGUGCAAGUCCAGCGUCUAUUUCAAAAUGUUGGGAAGGACAUGAAUCUCAUAGUCCCACCACAUUCAUUCACAUCAUUUGAUUUGUUGAAAGAAUCCAGCAAUCUGAAGAUGAGAGGAAGUGAUUCGUCCACAUGGUCUUCUAUUUAAAGUAAUAAGAAAUUAUACCAAAAAAAAAAAAAAAAAAGAAAAAAUAAAGGGGAAGGAAUGGGAUAUAUGCAAUGGUUGCAAUUAUCUAUAUAAGAUUUGCAUAUUUGCUAGUCUACUUUGUAAUGUAAACUAAACAAUGUUGGGUUGUAAAUAAUAAUUAUCGGGUUUCAUUUAA